UUUCCCUAACCCUAAGCAAGUGUUUUUUGUGCCUAAACCUACCGUAACCACAGCAUUAUCACAUCAUAAAAGGUAAUUAUUUUGUACAAUGACAAACAACGAGCACAAUGAAGGAACAACGCGUACAUGUCUCGCGAGAGUUUCCAAAUCUAGGGUUACCAUUUAGACACGACCUGCAGUGUGUGGUGCCCUGAGAGUUGUCAAGGUUUUGGUUGUGUGGAGUAUCCGAGAGGGGAGCAAGGGCGGCUACGUUUGUACAAUGCCGAAUAAAACGAAAAAAGACAAGGAGUCCCCUAAGUCUGGUAAAGUUGGCAAGAGUGGAGGACAGGAGAAUUCGGAGCAUGAGCAGGGCUCUAACAGGAAGGCUAGCAAUAGUGUUCCUCCUACCACUCAGCUGCUAAAGGGGAAACAGCCAGGUUCUCAGACACCUGUCAAAAAGGACAAGAGGCAGAGCUCCUCUCGCUUCAGCUUGAGCAACAACAGGGAGCUGCAGAAACUGCCUGCCUUCAAAGAUGUUCCCCCUGCAGAGCAGGAGAAGCUGUUCAUCCAGAAGUUGCGGCAGUGCUGCGUACUCUUUGAUUUUGUCUCGGACCCACUGAGCGACCUGAAAUGGAAGGAGGUGAAACGGGCGGCGCUGAGCGAGAUGGUGGAGUACAUCACCCACAACAGGAAUGUCAUCACCGAACCCAUCUACCCAGAGGUGGUUCACAUGUUUGCUGUGAAUAUGUUUAGGGCGUUGCCGCCAUCAUCCAACCCCACAGGUGCCGAGUUUGACCCAGAGGAAGAUGAGCCCACGCUAGAGGCUGCAUGGCCACAUCUACAGCUCGUCUAUGAAUUCUUCCUACGGUUCUUAGAGUCACCUGACUUUCAACCAAACAUAGCCAAAAAGUAUAUUGACCAGAAGUUUGUAAUGCAGCUCUUAGAACUGUUUGACAGUGAAGACCCAAGGGAAAGAGAUUUUUUAAAGACUACUCUGCAUCGCAUAUACGGCAAGUUCCUGGGCCUGCGAGCGUACAUUAGGAAACAGAUUAACAACAUAUUUUAUAGGUUCAUUUAUGAGACUGAACAUCAUAAUGGAAUAGCAGAAUUACUGGAAAUAUUAGGCAGUAUAAUCAAUGGAUUUGCAUUACCAUUGAAAGAAGAGCACAAGAUAUUCCUGCUGAAAGUCCUGCUGCCUUUACACAAAGUCAAAUCUCUUAGUGUUUAUCACCCACAGCUGGCCUACUGUGUGGUACAGUUCUUAGAGAAGGAUAGCACCCUCACAGAACCGACGGUGAUGGCUUUGUUAAAGUAUUGGCCAAAGACCCACAGUCCAAAAGAGGUGAUGUUCCUCAAUGAACUGGAGGAGAUCCUGGACGUCAUUGAGCCUUCAGAGUUCGUCAAAGUUAUGGAGCCCCUCUUCAGACAGCUGGCCAAAUGUGUGUCCAGCCCACACUUUCAGGUGGCAGAGCGAGCUCUCUACUACUGGAACAAUGAGUACAUCAUGAGCCUGAUCAGUGACAACGCUGCUAAGAUCUUGCCCAUCAUGUUCCCAGCCCUCUACCGCAACUCCAAGACCCACUGGAACAAGACGAUCCAUGGGUUGAUUUACAAUGCUCUGAAGCUCUUCAUGGAGAUGAACCAGAAGCUGUUUGAUGACUGCACCCAACAGUUCAGGGCAGAGAAAAGCAAAGAGAAAGCCAAAUGGAAAGAGAGAGAAGAGGCGUGGGUAAAGAUUGAGAAUCUAGCAAAGUCAAACCCACAGUUCCUGGUGUAUGUCGACUCGAUAGGCUCAGGCAGUCCGAUGGACAUGGAAACAGACGGGCCAUUGCUAGAAGAUGUCAACUUGCUAAAGAAAACAGUUGAGGAGGAGGCCACACAGAUCGAGAGAAACCAGCGUAGAGAGCGCCCAUUGAUGCGGAGGAAAUCGGAGCUCCCCAAGGACAUCUCCACUGUCACAGCCUUGGAGUUGCACCGGAGAGCCGAGGAAAUGUUGACAACGCACGACGGCCACUAAGAGACCACCCCAGAUCCACCGUAAACCAGCAGCAGCAGCAGCAUCCACAAAGGAACCACACAGGCCCGCAGAGGCCAGCACAACCGAACUCUUGGUAUCUCAGUGCAGUCCAGCACAACA